AUGCCUGCCGAAACUACCACUCUCCAGGAGUUCGAGAGCGUCUACCCCAAGCUCCAGGCCGCCAUCCUCGAGCAUGCCAAGUCGUACAAGCUCCCCCAGGGGGAGAUGGACUGGUUCAAGCUGAACCUCGAAACCAACCCUCUUGGCGGCAAGUGUAACCGUGGCAUGUCCGUCCCCGACUCGGUCUCGCUCCUCAUCGGCGAGAAGCUCAACGAGGAGCAAUACUUUGAGGCUGCGACCCUGGGAUGGAUGACGGAGCUUCUCCAGGCCUUCUUCCUCGUUUCCGACGACAUCAUGGACGGCAGCAUCACCCGCCGCGGCAAGCCUUGCUGGUACCGCAUGGACGGCGUCGGCAUGGUGGCCAUCAACGACGCCUUUAUGCUCGAGUCGGUCAUCUACACGCUGCUCAAGAAGUUUUUCCGCUCGCACCCGGCCUACAUCGACCUCGUCGAGCUCUUCCACGAGACGACGCUGCAGACUGAGAUGGGCCAGCUGUGCGAUCUGCUGACCGCCCCCGAGGACAAGGUCAACCUCGACAACUUUUCCAUGGAAAAGUACCAGUUCAUCGUCAUCUACAAGACGGCCUACUACUCCUUCUACCUCCCCGUCGCCCUCGCCCUGUACCAGCUCAACCUCGCCACCCCCAAGAACCUCAAGCAGGCCGAGAGCAUCCUGAUCCCGCUCGGCGAAUACUUCCAGGUCCAGGACGACUACCUCGACAACUUUGGCCUGCCCGAGCACAUUGGCAAGAUUGGCACCGACAUCAAGGACAACAAGUGCUCCUGGCUCGUCAACAAGGCCCUCGAGAUUGCCACCCCCGAGCAGCGCAAGAUUCUCGAGGACAACUACGGCCAAAAGGACGACGCUAAGGAGGCCGUCAUCAAGAAGCUCUACGACGACAUGAAGCUCAAGGACAUCUAUCUUGAGUUUGAGGAGAAGCGCGCCGAGGAGAUUCGCGAAAUGAUUGCCAAGGUCGACGAGAGCGAGGGUCUCAAGAAGGAGAUUUUCGAGGUAUUCCUCAAGAAGGUCUACAAGCGCACCAAGUAA